AUGAUAUCUGACUCUUAAUAAUCAUUUAAGGAUUUCGUAUUAAAUUAUGCAGUUAAAUAAUACAGAAAGAGCAAAAAGAAUUCCCAAAAUAAUUAUCAGGAAUCCCAAAGGACUCACUUUGAAUCAUAAAUACAGGGAAUUUAAAUCGAAUAAAACUUGAGUUAUGCUCUCAGCAACAGGCGAGUAUCUAAUGGAGAUCCUUAAACGCAUUUAAGAUUCAAAGAAUUAUCAUGCUCCAAAACAAGUCGGUCAGAAUUGCCACUCUUUACUAUUAAAUAAUGGAGUUAGAAAAAAAAACCUUCGUAUAUAAUUCGAAAUUCCUAAUUGUUUAAUGAUGUUAUUCGAAAAGCUAGUCAUUAGAACUCAUAGUAAUAAUUGAUGCCUAUAAAAUCUUAAGAUUAAAUAAUUAAAAGUUAUCUUCAAAAGUUAUCAGUGAAGCGUAAGGUGGCUCCGAAACCUUAAGGCACUGAAGAUCUUCUCAAUUUUGAGGUAGAUCAAAUAUAUUUUGAUAUUACUCGUAAAGAUACUAUGCUCGCUCCAAAAUUUCCUAAUAAAAAUCACAAUGGAGUUAAACAAAUUUUUAGGAAUUUGUUGGCAACGGCAUAUGAUUAAUAAAUGUUUUUGGAUUUACCUCGUUUAAGAGUAAUUCAUAAUGGCAUGCAAUUGACUCAUGCUCAUUUUUUUAAGUUUAAGUAUCACUUUCUGAAUAGGUUUAUGCUUUUAAACAUACCAACAGAGAAAAUGUUCAAUUCCUGUGAAAAAAUUGAAAACAUGAGGCCUUAUAUAUUGAAUGAAGUCUUGGAAUAUGAGAUUUAUGGGGGAGAGCAAGGUAUCUAAGCCAUAACUAAAUCCAUGUAUAAGAAAAUCUUGUCUGAUGUCACACUUGCACCUUACUUUGAAAAAAUUGAUGUGGCUACUCAAGAGAUAAAAUUUGCAAGAUUGUUCUUUCAACUCAUAUAUCAUUUAGAUUCGCCAAACUAUUCUUGUGAAACUUUAAGAGAAAGACAUGUUAAGUAUGCAUUAACAAAUGUUUAGCUCACAAAUUUUAAAUACUAUCUUUCUUUAACUCUUUAAGAAUCAAAUAUUCCUUGGAAAAAUAUCAGACAACUAUUACGCAGAAUGGACAUCUAUAAAUAUGCUAUAAUCAAUAAGAAAGAUCUCUAAUAUUAUGUGAACUAAAUUGGUUUUCAUUAAUUCAUUGAAAGCUUCGUGAAUAGCUGCUAGUAAGAUACCAUGCUAUCAGAACUAAUAAUUCGCAGAGGCAAGCAAAGAUUUACUGCUCACUGUUGCAAUAUAUUCCAUUACUUCUUCAGAUAUAACAUAAAAGCUAUUACUAGAGAUGAUCUACAUUUAAUACAUUGCAAAAAAGCCAUAAUAAAUGAAAGGAUUUUUGAGAAACUCAAACAAAAAGCCGUCUAAGAAGUCAAACUAUUAACCAAUGACAACUUGAUUAUAGAGGAUUUCAAAGAAGAUUGGGAUGAAAUUAAGCCUAUCAUUCUGGGUGAAGCAAGAGGUCAAUUAAUAAUAAAUUUUGGAGAGGAUUACUUGAUUUCAAAAACUCAGUCGAUUUUAGAGUACGAAUUUGCUCAAAGACAUCUUAAUUAAAUAUAUGAGACAGAAGAAGCCAAUAUGAGUAAAAGUAUUUUGUGCAAACUUAAUUUGUUACUUUACGGAGUUAGAUUUUUUAAGAAGUAGGAUUUGCAAAUAAUCCAUAAAAGAUUCAAAAUAACUUACUCCUAAUAUUAUGACUUUUAAUAAAGUUUUAAAGUUGCUUUGGAGGAUUAUAAAGUCUUAGAUUAUGUGCAUUAAUUAAUCGAAGAAUAUGAGUAAUUCAUUGUCUCUGACUGA